UUUUUUUUUUUUUUUUUUUCCUGGAAUCGAUCUUUUAUCACCAUAACCCUACUCCCUCCACUUUAAACCAACCCCAACCAGAAACAUCCCCAAACUCGCCGAGCACUUUUCCCCGCCCUGCAUAACUCCGGCAGCGUCUCUCUCGCUCCGAUCUCGAGCCCUCCGCGCCUUGCUGAGGAGGAGGAGGAGGAGGAAGAGCAGCGGCAGAGAGAGCAGCGAGCGCGGAAGAUGGAGGUGUCCACGGACCAGCCGCGGUGGGUGAGCCACCACCACCCGGCCGUGCUCAAUGGGCAGCACCCGGACUCGCAUCACCCCUCGCUUGGCCAUACCUACAUGGACCCCACGCAGUAUCCUCUCGCCGAGGAAGUGGAUGUACUUUUUAAUAUCGACGGACAAGGCAACCCCGUCCCGCCGUAUUACGGCAACUCCGUGAGAGCCACGGUGCAGAGAUAUCCCACGGCCCACCACGGGAGCCAGGUGUGCCGCCCCCCUCUGCUGCACGGCUCGCUGCCCUGGCUGGACGGGAGCAAGGCGCUGAGCAGCCACCACAGCGCUUCCCCCUGGAACCUCAGCCCGUUCUCCAAGACCUCCAUCCAUCACAGCUCACCGGGACCCCUCUCCGUCUACCCACCCGCCUCCUCUUCCACUUUAUCCGCCGGCCACUCCAGCCCGCACCUUUUCACCUUCCCGCCGACCCCUCCUAAAGAUGUGUCCCCGGAUCCGUCCAUCUCCACCCCCGGCUCCACCGGCUCCACCCGGCAGGACGAGAAGGAAUGCAUCAAAUACCAGGUGUCCCUGGCCGAUACCAUGAAGCUGGAGUCCUCUCACUCUCGGAGCAGCAUGGCCUCUUUAGGAGGAGCCACCUCCUCCGCUCAUCACCCCAUCACUACCUACCCUCCGUAUGUCCCAGAAUAUGGCUCUGGACUUUUUCCCCCCAGUAGCCUCUUAGGAGGAUCGCCAACCGGGUUUGGGUGUAAAUCGCGACCGAAAGCACGGUCAAGCACAGAAGGCAGGGAGUGUGUAAAUUGUGGGGCUACCUCAACCCCUCUGUGGAGAAGAGACGGCACUGGGCACUAUUUGUGUAACGCCUGUGGACUCUACCACAAAAUGAACGGGCAGAACCGGCCCCUGAUCAAGCCCAAGAGAAGACUGUCUGCAGCCAGGAGGGCGGGCACGUCCUGUGCAAACUGUCAGACCACCACUACCACCCUGUGGAGGAGAAAUGCCAACGGCGAUCCCGUCUGUAAUGCCUGUGGGCUCUACUACAAGCUGCACAAUAUUAACAGACCCCUGACUAUGAAGAAAGAAGGAAUUCAGACCAGAAACCGAAAGAUGUCUAGCAAAUCCAAAAAGUGCAAAAAGGUCCAUGACAACCUUGAAGACUUUCCCAAGAGCAGCUCUUUUAACCCCGCCGCCCUCUCCAGACACAUGUCCUCCAUCAGCCACAUUUCACCUUUCAGUCACUCCAGCCACAUGCUGACCACACCGACACCGAUGCAUCCUCCAUCCAGCCUCUCCUUCGGACCUCACCACCCUUCCAGUAUGGUCACUGCCAUGGGUUAGCAAGAGACUCCCCUGCUGAAUGCUUACAGUCUCAAAAUGAGAUUUACUUUAUAUACUACUUGCAUUUUUGCAGGCGUGUGGUUAUGGGUCUGACGUCCCGAAUCAAAUGGGAGGGGGAAAAAAAAAAGAAUUAAAAAAUUAAAAAAAAAGUUAUUUGAAGGCAUAAGAGAGAGAGAGAAAAAAAAUUUAAAAAUGCAGAAAAAAACUACAAAAAGCACAAAAAAGGAAAAAAAAAAGAAAAAAAGAGAAAAAAGUAAAAAAAAAAGUUUUAAAAAAGUGAUGUUUGCCACUUUUUAAAGGAACUCACUAUGGCGUCUAUGUAUUCUUACCCACUGAAUCUGGAUACCAUUUGUGAAUAAGCCAUUCAGAACUUGCAUUCCCUAUUGGACAGGAUCUCUAGUGCUGUGAAAAAACAAAAUAAAAUAAAAUAAAAAAUGCUGAACAUUGCAUAUAACUUAUAUUGUAAGAAAUACUGUACAUUUGAGGAAGACUUUAUUGCAUCUGAGGAUCUGUAAUGAAAAAGGCAUGAAGGACUCAGAGAGAAUUUUUUUUAAAGGAAAAGGAAAAAAAAAAAGAAGAUGGGAGGACAAUUUAAAAACCAGAAAAACAAACAAUGCAGACCAAGAGGAAACGCGGUCUUAUGAACAAAUGGACCAACUGCCAGUCAUGUCUUCUCCUUUUAUUUUAUUUUUAUUUUGGUUUCUUUUUUGUUGGUUUUUAUUUUGGUUUCUUUUUUUCGUUUCCGGGGAGGGGGAGGGGGCUGGCUAGAACGGUUUUGAUGAUGCAUUAACUAACUAACUAACUAACUAAAUAACUAAAUAAAUAAAAUCUGUAGGGAGAUCAUUCAUUUUGGGCCAUGGGCCUUUUACAUAGGAAGUACCAAUGGUGUCAGGCAAUCAGUGUUAACAUGCGGACAUUGCCAACAAGGGGGUUUCAGAUAGCCAUUCUCCAGGUCUAUACGCAUUGUGAACAAGUUCCUGUAAUUGUUGUUUGUAUGUAUAAUUCAACGCACCAAAAUAAGAAAGAUGUAGAUUUAUUUCAUCCUAUUAUACAGACUGAAUGGUUGUACAAAUUUAUUUACUGCUAGUGAUAAGACCUGCUUUUUUUUUUUUUUUGUUUUUAUAUUUUUUCCUCCUUUUUUUUUUUUUUUGGAGAAUAAACUAGAUUAAAUUCUGUUGA